AAACAACUAAUAAAGAAAGUCAAAUAAAAGCCCUUGUGGGGUCUCGUCUAAACUCAACAUUCAUUCUCAGAGAAGCCGUCUUCCUCUUGUAAUCUAUCUCGAUCGGACAUCUUCUUAUCUGCGAUUCCAAUGUCGAGCCGUUGGUUGAGACCCGAGGUGUAUCCGUUGUUCGCGGCCACGGGAGUUGCGGUGGGUAUCUGCGCGUUUUCUUUGAUCAGAAACAUCACCGGCAAUCCUGAAGUCAGAUGUACAAAGGAGAAUAGGGCUGCUGGGGUAUUGGAUAACCAUGCAGAGGGAGAGAAGUACAAGGAGAACUUCCUGAGGAAGUACGUUCGCAACAAGCACCCUGAGAUCAUGCCUGGCAUCAACAAAUUCUUCACUGAUCCUAAAUACUGAACGACCCCCCCUGCACUGUUUUGCUGUUAUAUUGUUUCUCGAAUUGAAUCUCUUCCCUAUGAUAUAAACCCUCAUUUGUCAAUUUCACAUUGUGAUGCAUCCUCCAGCUGAUGUGACUUCUUAUGCUACUGGUGUCACUUUUUAAGCAGAUAAUAAGAAAACUACUUAUGUAUGAAGUUCCUGUUUGGAAACACAAUUGCAAUAUUUA